AAUUUUCCCGCUCAAAAUUCAAAAUCAAAUUCAGCGAAAGCCAUAUCCAAAGUUCUACAAAAUUUCCCAGAACACACGCGCAGAUCCAGUCAGAUAAGCAAAAAAUCUUCGACAAAAUCGUUCGAAAAUGCCAGUUCCAGUAGUAGACGAAGAAGAAUUACAUAAAAAAUUGACUGAAAAAAUUUCUAGGGUUUUGGACGAAGCUCGAUCGUCAAAUGCAAUACAUCAACGAAAGCUCAAGGAACUCUCGGCUAUCCGUUCCGUUACGAAGUCACCUGACAAGUUUUUCGGUGCAUUCUCGAGAGCGUUAACACCGUUAUUCGACUUCCAGCGUCGUACGGCUUCUGCCGAGCGAAUCAUCCGAUUUGUCGCCGUUUUCGCCAGUGUGCGUGACGGUAAAAAUGCUUCGGAUUGUGACGCGUUUUUGGAGAAGUUUCUAGAGUUUUUGCUUAUGGCUGCUGGGGCGGCUAAUAAAACUGCCCGGAUUAGGGCUUGUCAGAUAAUUUCCGAGAUCAUAAUGCGAUUGCCAGAUGACACAGAAGUCAGCUCUGAACUUUGGGAUGAAGUUAUAGAGAGCAUGAAAACACGUGUUGGUGAUAAGGUCGCUUCUGUCCGUACCUUUGCCGUGAGGGCGCUUUCACGGUUCGUUAAUGACUCAGAAAAUGCUGACAUUUUGGAACUAUAUCUGGAGACACUUCCUCUUGAACAAAAUGUGGAUGUCCGUAGGACAAUUAUCUUAUCCCUUCCACCAUGCCAUGCAUCUUCUGCAGCAAUAAUUGAUUGCACACUGGAUGUGAGUGAAUCAGUACGCAAAGCAGCUUAUUCCGUGAUUGCUAGUAAAUUUCCCCUGCAGAGUUUCAGCAUCAAGCUCAGAACUCUUAUUUUGGAGAGAGGACUUGCUGAUCGCUCUUCAUCUGUUGUAAAGGAGUGCUUUAGGAUGAUGAAAGAUGAGUGGCUCACCAAGUGUUGCAAUGGGGACCUGGUAGAACUACUUAAAUAUCUUGAUGUGGAAACAUAUGAAUCAGUGGGAGAGUCUGUAAUGGACAGUCUGUUAAAAGCAGGCUUGGUUAAGCUGCAAGAUGGUCAAAGUAUGAGGCAAUUUUUGACAUCGAACAGUGACACUGUUGAAGGCAAUUGUAGCAUCCAACUCAUGGAAGCAGAAACCGCUUUCUUUUGGAGAGCUGUCAGUAAACACUUGCAAAUGGAGGCACAUGCAAAGGGCUCUGAUGCUGCUACAACAACAGGGACAGAAUCUGCUGUAUAUGCAUCAGAAGCUUCAGAUAAAAAUGAUCUUCUUGACAGAAUUCUACCUGCUUCUAUUGGAGACUAUGUUCAAUUGAUUAAAGCGCACAUAGUUGCUGGAAUCAAUCACCGAUUUGCAUCUCGGCAACUGCUAUUACUCGGUGCAAUGCUUGAUUUUUCUGAUGCUACAAACAGAAGAGUUGCAAAUGAAUUUCUGCAGGAGUUGCUUCACAUACCCCCUGAUCAUGAAUUAGAUGAGCAUGACAAUGAGGUUGUCAUAGGAGAUGGUAUCAAUCUUGGAGGUGACAAAGAUUGGGCUGCUGCUGUAUCAGAGUUGGCGAAAAAAGUCCAUGCAGCUCCAGGAGAAUUUGAAGAAGUAGUUUUACGUGUAGUGGAGGAGCUUGCUAGGCCUUGCAGAGAGAGGACUGCAGACUACAUGCAGUGGUUGCACUGUCUUGCUGUGAUUAGCCUUCUGUUAGAAAAUGUUCAGUCUUUUCGCUGGAUGCAUGGAAAAUCUAUAGAACCGAAUGAAGUCCUGCACUCUGUAUUGCUGCCUGGGGCAAAGCAUGUACACCUAGACGUUCAGAGGGCUGCCAUUAGAUGCCUCGGUCUCUUUGGAUUGUUAGAAAGGAGACCUAGUGAAGAUUUAAUAAAGCAAUUAAGGUCUUCUUUUGUUAAGGGCCCCUCUUCAGUUACUGUUAUGGCUUCUAAGGCGUUGAUUGACCUUGGAAUGUGGCAUGGUCCUAAUAUAGUUGAUAAAGCUAUGAACCAGGAUCUCUCAUCACAACUCCAAGAUCAUAAAAUUAAAAUGUUAUCUGAUAUCAAAUUUAGCAUUGGAAGUGAGGAUUUGGAGAUAGAAUUACUUGACCUGUUAUAUGCUGGAUUGGAGAAGCACAAUUCAGGUGAUUCUGAUGACUGUGAUGAAUAUGAGACAGUUCAAACAGUUCUUGGUGAGGGCUUUGCUAAGACUCUUCUGCUAAGUAAGAAGUAUCCGAGCACACCUGCUUUGUCAAAUCCGCUGCUAUUAGCUGAGCUCAUAAGCUUGUAUUUCUGUAGUGAGAAUAAGGAACUUGGAAGGUUGAAGCAAUGCCUUUCUGUAUUCUUUGAGCAUUAUCCAUCCCUCUCGUUGAACCACAAGAAAUGUUUAUCCAAGGCUUUCAUGCCAGUUAUGCGCUCUUUGUGGCCAGGCAUCUAUGGCAAUGCCACUGGAUCUACGUUCAUGGUCUCUAAUAUGCGCAAGCGUGCUACCCAAGCAUCACGUUUUAUGGUGCAGAUGAUGCAGGCUCCCUUGUAUUCUGAGGAAACUGCUCCAGCCAGUGAAAACGAUAAUGAAAACCACAUUGAUUCGCCUGAACCUUCAUCUGAGUUCGAGACUGGAGAAGAAGGGCUUGCAAUAUGUAUCGCUGCAGAGGUGGCCAGCUUCCAUGCAAAGAAGACAGCUGCAGAGAAAGCAUAUGUUUCUGCACUGUGUAAGGCACUAUCCUUGCUUCACUUUAGACCAGCAGAACAAGGAGCUGUCAAGUUAAUGAGGCAGCUAUUGAAUCGUGUUGCUGAAUCUGUACUUUCUGAAAACGAGCUUCUUAAGGAGUUGAAACAGAUGGCUGAAAGGCUAAAGGGUUUAGACAAAUCUCCAGACCAUAAACUAUCAUCUGAUGAAGUUAAACUUAUUCUAGGUAAUUAUUUCUGGUUUAGCGGCUAUAAAACUGCAGUCAUCACNUCGAUGGAAGUACUGCCAACUCCAGCACCAAAAUCAGCCAGACCAACUCGUACAAGGAGACGAGCUAAGGAAGCAAUAGAAUCUUCAUCAGAUGAAGAAUUCCCCCUAUCUGCUGUUCCUACUAAUCCUGCUGUAACGAGUACUCGGUCACAAAGGGCUAGCAAGACUGCAGCAUUGUCAAAGAUGGCUGUCAAAACCAUAGUAAAAAUCGAUGAAUAUGAUGAUGAGGAAGAUGAGGAGGCAGAUUGUCAGUCUGAUGUUACAUCCGAUGAUGAUUCUGAUUCUGAUGUAGAGGUAUAAUAAGCACAUUCUCUCCUGUGUUCUUCGCUUUAUUAUUUGUUUGAAUACUCUUUGUAUUAUGAUAAAUCGCGUAUUAUGAUGUAUUGGUGGUUCUGCUUGUGUGCAUCUCGUACAACUAGCAGAAUACUGUCCUAAAGAAUUUAUAACUAAACAAUUCCUCUA